AUGUUUGAAUCUCCAUUUAAAAGCGAUUUUGAUUUCGGUACAGAAUUUGGAUCCUCCACACAGCAUCCUUUUUCUCUUCGCAGUCGAUUACGCGAAGUUCGAGAUGCAUUUCGAGGAUUUCGGUCAUCACCUGGUACUGGUACUGUUUCUCACGGCGAGUCAAAUCUUCCAACUAUGCCAGUUCGGAGUGCAUCCGACACCGCCACAUCUUCAAUCAAAAGCUCAAACUCUCCUUCUCUUCCGAUGAAGAAACCGGUAAAAGAAAUUGAAGUAUCAAUACAAUUCCUGUACGAAGUAAUACGUACCGAUAUGUUUGAAGUACUUAUUGGUAGUGCUAGUGCUGUUUUUGAUUCAGUUCUUUCUUAUAUAGCAACACUAAAAUAUCCUGCACCUUGUGUUCAGGAUGCUCUAAUAGCUUUGUUGGAUUGGGUCGAAAACAAAAUCCUAUCAAGUACUAUUUAUGAUGAUGUUGAUACUGUUGUUGGGGAACCAGGAGGUUCGGAAAGCGAUGGAAGUGAAGGAACACGUUUGGCUACUGAGCUCUUGAAAGCUAUUGCGGAAAUCGAUGAGAAAUCAUAUGAAUCUAGUUCAAAACCUGAAAAUGUCAAGCUAUUGGGAUUUCAUCAGGAACACUACAGCAACACAUCCGUAACACCAAAUAAUUCAGGAACCACUGAUAUCAGCUUGGUGGAUCAGAGCCUCGAUGACCUUUUGGCACAACUGAAUCUGCAUCAAGUCACAAAAUUUGAACCAAUUUUCCCGCAAGUUGAAAAUGAAGAUAGUGAUGAGGAUGAUUCGGAUAUUGUCCACGAAAAAAGAGAAGAACGAGAAGAGAAAAAAGAUACGAAAACUUGUGAAGAGGAAGUUCAACGAUUGUCGGAUGGAAGUGAGAUAAGGAAACGGAAAACGAGAACAUUUAAUAUGCUGCAGAAUAGCAAACAGGUAACUGUACGGUCACAUGGUAAUGGAGGUGAUGAGAUUGUUAAUACCUUUCAUGACGGUAAUACAUCAUUCAACGAUGAUUUGGCAACCGAUGAUUUCUUCACAACUCCUCGAAAUUCAUUUGGGCGUAAUCGUUUGAAUAGAGAUAAAUGUCUGGAUGAUUUGCUGAAGACGAAAGAUGAUUCAACAAAUCCAGAUGAAGGCAUUUCCCAAAAAAUCAAAAGUGUUCAACAUACAGAUACCGUUUCCCAAAAAGUGUCAAAGACAGCGAAGAAAAAUGGAAAAGUUAUUGCGGACGAUGCUGCACAAAAAAUUGAUAGAAGUGAACUAAAUGCAAGACAAGUGGAAACUUUUAAAGAUGUUAAAUUGCUGGAUCGUCGUGGAAGUGGUUCUUACGAGGAGCACAGUACGGUUAAAAUGGGUCUCACCAAAUCAUCAUCCUCACCUCCAAUUCCUCCAAAACAGCGUCAUGUUAUUCAAUAUAUGCAGACUUUUGGAAACAAAAGCGAAGACCAGGAUGACUUCUUCAAGGGCUCAACACUUGCUUCAUACAUUUGGUUGAAUGAUAAUUUACGAUACCACGAAGAACAGUACAAGAAAAGAAUUUCAUUCGAAUUUUCAUUAUCCAGAGCAGCCGUGUCAAGUCAGCACUUUUCCGAUUUGAGCCAAUUGCUGCAAUACAGUGAAACUGACAGAAUUAUGCUCCCAAAACGAUAUAUGGAUGAGAAUGAGAUCGUCUCGAAAGGAACAACAUCACUGGCAUCUUCGGAGACUUCAGAAAUUCUGGAAUGUGUUGAUGUGACAGAUUGGUUAAUGCUACGAGCACAUGAUGCAUUCUCCAAACCCAAUGAAGUUCGUGGUGGACCUAAAGAUGCGUUGAUUGCUUUUGCGACCCAGCCAUCAGGAUCACUACUUUAUCAAGAGGCUUUUCUCACAACUUAUCGCAGUUUUGUCGAAUCAGACGAACUUAUUCAGAAAUUGAUUAGAAGAUAUUUAUAUAUGUGUACUAUAAAAGAACAGCAGUCAGUCAAAGUAGCUCGUCAAACUUUUUCAAUGCUAGUACGAGUGGUUGAUGAGUUAUGCGCGGUGGAACAAACGCGGAAACUUAUUCGUGUAAUUACAAAAUUUAUAAGUCGCCUUGUUAAAGACGAAAAUUAUACCUUUGCAAGGAUUUUGAGGAAACGACUAAUGUCACGAAUGGACCUAAAGUCAAUACAAAAACUCAUGGCAACAUCAAAGGAACGAACUAAUAUGAGGGGUGUGAGCUCAAGGCAUCUAACAAUUUUUGAUAUUCGUUCGGCAAUUAUCGCCAAACAAAUGACUUAUUUGGAUGCAGAAUUGUUCCAUAUGAUUGAGCCAGCUGAAAUGCUUUGGUGGGCACAAGAACAAAACGAGAAAAAAAGUCCAAACUUGUGUCGUUUUACCGAGCAUUUUAACAAGGUCUCGUACUGGGUUCGAACUCUCGUCUUGACACCAUGUGAGCAAAGAACACGUGAAAAAGUAAUGACGAAAUUUGUCAAGAUAAUGAAGCAUUUACGCAUUGUGGGCAAUUACAAUUCUUAUUUGGCCAUCUUAUCAGCACUAGAUUCGGGUCCUAUCCGAAGACUGGAUUGGUCCAAACAUAUCACCGAUCUCUUGAAAGAGCACUCAGUUGUGAUGGAUAGCUCACAUUCUUUCAAAAAUUAUCGCACAUUGUUAGGCGAAAGCCGACCUCCAUGUUUGCCUUACAUAGGUCUUGUUCUGCAAGAUCUAACAUUUGUACAUAUCGGGAAUAGCGAUUAUCUCCCGCCAGAACAAAGCAAUGGUAGAAAGAACCUCUUAAACUAUGGCAAAAGAUGGCAACAAUUUGCAAUUCUAGACAGCAUCCGAUGUUUCAAAAGCUGGAAUUACUCGAUAGAAAAGGAUGAAACAGUUAUUCAGUUCUUCAAUGGAUUCAACAAUUAUUUGAGUGAAGAUGAGAUCUGGGAUCUGUCAGAAUCAAUCAAACCACGAACACGUAAAAAUAAAUAA